CACUACUGACAGUUACUUCCGGGUUCUGACAAUAUGGCGGGUCCUGUUCGGUGGUAGCGGUAUCUGUUCAACGAGUGUAAAACAACAAGAUCGGAGUUUAACCGGUGGGAGGGAAACAAAAUCGUGGUCCUCGGCGAUGGAGCGAGAACGGCCUUUCCGAUAACGGCCGGUGAACGAGAGGAGAUUAUAUUAGAGGUUUAUCGGGGCAGUGGGAUCUGUGCUGCGAGCUGAAAAUGGCCCCGGUUCAGGUGGAGAGUUCGCAGCUGGUGUCUGCCGCUGGCCCGACCUCUGCCCCGGCCGCUGCAGCUACAGCAGCCGUGGCCGCCAGCCCCGGCGUCCGCCUUAGCAUGCUGAUCGAAUUCCUGCUGCAGAGAACCUACCAUGAAAUCACGGUGCUGGCCGACCUGUUGCCUCGAAAGACUGACAUGGAACGAAAAAUUGAGAUUGUUCAGUUUGCUAGUCGAACGCGUCAACUCUUUGUCCGUCUGCUCGCACUGGUAAAAUGGGCAAGCAAUGCUGGAAAGGUGGAAAAAUGUGCGAUGAUAUCAAAUUUCUUAGAUCAGCAGGCAUUCAUCUUUGUGGACACUGCUGAUCGAAUGGCUUCAUUAGCAAGAGAUGCUUUGGUUCAUGCACGCCUGCCAAGUUUUGCAAUUCCAUUUGCUAUUGAUGUUCUAACAACAGGGUCGUAUCCUCGCCUGCCCACUUGUAUUCGGGAUAAGAUCAUUCCUCCAAAUCCAAUUACAAAAAGUGAGAAACAAUCCACACUUCAUCAGCUUAAUCAGAUUCUGAGACAUCGACUGGUGACAACAGACCUUCCUCCGCAGCUGGCAAACCUUACUGUUGCCAAUGGACGUGUGAAAUUCCGUGUUGAAGGUGAAUUUGAAGCCACACUUACAGUGAUGGGUGAUGAUCCUGAAAUACCCUGGCGACUACUCAAACUGGAAAUACUAGUUGAAGAUAAGGAAACAGGAGAUGGUCGUGCUUUGGUUCAUAGUAUGCAGAUCAAUUUCAUCCAUCGACUGGUACAGUCCAGACUCUUUGCUGAUGUGAAGCCUCUGCAAGAUAUGUACAACUGUUUACAUUCAUUCUGUUUGUCACUGCAGUUGGAAGUUUUACACUCUCAGGUGCAAAUGCUAAUACGUGAACGUUGGGGCGAUCUUGUUCAGGUCGAGAGGUAUCAGCCUGGAAAGUGUCUAACUUUGGUUGUUUGGAACCAACAGGUCUUGGGGAGAAAGACUGGCAGUGCUUCUGUUCACAAAGUCUUGAUAAAAAUCGAUGAGGGUGACUGUUCAAAACCCUUACAGAUAUCGCAUGAUCCACCAUUACCAGCAUGUGAUUCUAAAUUGAUAGAACGUGCUAUGAAGGUUGAUCACUUAUCUGUAGAGAAGCUUUUGAUUGAUAGUGUUCAUGCACGUUCCCAUCAGAAGCUGCAGGAGCUGAAAGCCAUUCUCAAGAGCUAUAAUGCCAAUGAUAACUCCUUUAUAGAGACACCCUUGCCUACAUUGGUUAUUCCUAUCUUAGAACCUUGUGGUCGUUCUGAGUGUCUUCACAUUUUUGUCGAUCUUCAUUCUGGAAUGUUCCAACCAAUGUUAUAUGGAGUUGAUCAAGCUACUUUAGAUGAUAUUGAAAAGUCUGUCAAUGAUGAGAUGAAGCGAAUUAUUCCUUGGAUUCAACAGCUAAAGUUUUGGCUUGGACAACAAAGAUGCCGGCAAUCCAUGAAGCAUCUUCCCACAGUCUGCAGUGAGACGUUACAUCUUUCAAACUUUUCCUCUCAUCCAGUUGGAAACCUCUCAAAACACAAGCUAUUCAUCAAGUUGACGCGCCUUCCUCAAUACUACAUUAUUGUAGAAAUGUUAGACAGACCAGGCUUUCCUACAGAGCUAGAGUACAAAUAUCAUUUCCUCUCCGUAAGCCACGGACUGACCGAUCCAGAUGAUUGUCCUCCAACUGCAGUUCUUUUGCAACAGUUUAAACCAGGAAUUGAGGAACUAUUACUGGAUGCAAGACCUGGGAAGCAGGCCAAGGCUGGAGGCAAGCACAAGUUGUCUGCUGAUCAAGGACCUACAGAACCUAAGAAACCCAAGAGGACAGGAGAAAUGUGUGCCUUUAAUAAGGUCCUAGCACACUUGGUAGCUAUGUGUGACUCAAAUAUGCCAUUUAUUGGACUUCGUUGUGAGCUUUCUGCUAUGGAGAUUCCUCACCAAGGAGUUCAAGUGGAAGGAGAUGGCUGCAAUCAUGCCAUACGCAUACUAAGGAUUCCUCUCUCUACAAGUGUCAGUGAGGAGACACAGAAGGCCUUAGAUCGAUCUUUGCUGGAUUGCACUUUCCGAUUGCAGGGAAGAAAUAAUCGGACCUGGGUCGCAGAACUGGUAUUUGCCAAUUGCCCUCUGAAUAGUACUUCUGCCAAAGAGCAAGGUUCAACACGUCAUGUCUAUCUGACUUAUGAAAGUUUAUUAUCAGAGCCUGUUGGAGGUCGCAAAGUGGUCGAGGCAUUCCUGAAUGAUUUGAAUAGCAUAGCUAAGCUCUAUGACUGUGUUCUAGAUUUUGCACGUUCCUUGCCAGAAAUGCCGUCCCAUCUUAAUCAUUUCUCGGAAAUACGCGUCUAUAAUUACCGUAAACUUGUCAUAUGCUAUGGAGCCCCUAAAGGCAGCUCGAUAACAAUCCAGUGGAAUCCCACUCACCAGCGAUUCCACAUUUCAUUAGGAACAGUAGGGCCAAAUUCUGGCUGCAGUAACUGCCACAACAUCAUACUCCAUCAACUUCAAGAAAUGUUCAACAAGUCACCAAAUGUUGUUCAGUUGCUACAGAUAUUGUACGAUACACAAGCACCACUGAAUGCAAUUAAUAAACUCCCAACAGUGCCAAUGUUGGGUCUCACGCAUCGGACGAAUACUGCGUAUCAGUGCUUUUCAAUACUACCCCAGUCACCCACACACAUCAGGCUUGCUUUCCGUAAUAUGUAUUGCAUCGACAUAUACUGUCGAAGUCGAGGUGUUGUGGCUAUUCGUGAUGGUGCCUACAGUCUUUUUGACAACAGUAAGAUUGUGGAGGGAUUUCAUCCGGCUCCAGGCUUAAAGACGUUUUUGAACAUGUUUGUAGACAGCACCCAGGACGCACGUAGACGAUCAGUCAAUGAAGAUGAUAACCCACCAUCCCCUAUUGGUGGAGACAUGAUAGAAUCAUUAAUGUCUCAGCUUCAGUCACAGCCGCAACAGCCUUUUACCAAAUCUGGUGCAACAGUAACCUAUCCCCUGACAUCGCCGCCUACAUCCUAUCAUAGUACAGUGACUCCAUCACCACAAAUGAUGCCUACACAAUCACCUGGGAGUUUACAUCCUGCAAAUUCCCCAAGCGGUGCAAUACGAGCUCCUUCACCAGCGUCAUUUGUACCCUCUCCAUCUCCAUCUUCCCUUGGAAUUUCAAUGGGACAGACACCAAACUUUGCAAGUCCACAUGGCACAAUUGACCCAAGCUCACCUUAUGCAAUGAUGUCACCCAGUCAGCGUCCUGGAAACUGGCCUGGAUCGCCACAGUUGCCUGGGUCAACUUUAGCACGCAUUCCUGGAAUGUCUCCAGCAAAUCCAUCCUUGCACUCGCCAAUCCCAGAUGUAUCUCAUUCUCCACGAGCUGGAACAAGCUCCCAAAUAAUGCCGACCAACAUGCCCCCUCCUCGUACACUACCUCAGCGUUCGUGGGCUGCAUCAAUACCCACCAUCUUGACUCAUAAUGCCUUGCACAUUCUACUUUGUCCAUCACCAACUCCGGGUCUUGUCCCAGGAUUGGCUGGUAGUUAUCUGUGCUCCCCACUAGAGCGAUUCUUAGGAUCUGUUAUGAUGAGACGACAUCUGCAAAGGAUCAUACAACAGGAACCGUUGCAACUUAUAAAUUCCAAUGAACCUGGUGUGAUCAUGUUUAAGACUGAAGCACUGAAGUGUCGAGUAGCAUUGAACCCACAGACAUAUCAAACUUUACAAUUCAAAGUAACACCUGAAACACCAGACCCAUGGACACAAGAAGAACUACAAGUUUUAGAAAAGUUCUUUGAAACAAGAGUUGCUGGACCCCCAUUUAAAGCCAAUACACUAAAUGCCUUUGCUAAGCUAUUGGGAGCUCCAACACACAUUCUCAGGGAUUGUGUGCGCAUCAUGAAACUGGAAUUGUUUCCAGAUCAAGCCACUCAGCUAAGGUGGAAUGUGCAAUUCUGUUUGACAAUCCCGCCUAGUGCUCCUCCAAUAGCUCCUCCAGGAACACCUGCAGUGGUGCUGAAAUCCAAGAUGCUGUUCUUUCUGCAACUCACUCAGCGACUAACAGUUCCACAAGAACCAAUCAGCAUAAUUGUGCCAAUUGUCUAUGAUAUGGCAACAGGGGCAACACAGCAAGCUGAUAUUCCAAGGCCACAGAACACAUCAGGAGCAGCUGCCUCAAUGGUGAGCAACAUCUUGAGGAGGUUUUCAGAAGUGCACCAGCCACCACAAGGUGACUGCACAAUCUAUGCAGCAGUGAGGGAUUUGAUGGCAAAUCUAACACUGCCCCCUGGGGGUCGACAGUAACACUACAGACUGCCUUAGGGAGUCCUUCAUGUGGAGAAAAAGGAUUGAGUACAAUGUUAUUCGGUGGACAGUAUGUGAUGCAAAAUGAAAUUAAUUAUCAAAAUCAUGCUCGAAUGUGACUUGAGAGCGUGAUAUAAUUUAUUCUUCAGGGAUGAACUUCUUCCAUUAAAAGAUACAUUCAUUACUUUGUUUACCUGCUGUUAUAUAGUGUAUUUUAUAAACUGCAUUUCAAACAAAUAUAAAUCCCAAAAGAUUCCUGUUUGGUUGAUUUUAGAUUUAACCAUAGUAUUGUAUUUACAAGGAGAAGAUCAUUAGAUUAUGAUGAUGCCAAGAAUAUUUUUUAGAGAAUGCAAAUCUGUCAAUUUUCAUAUGUUCUGGCACAAUAGCUUACGUUUUAUUAAUUUUCAAUCUCAUUUGUUACAUUGGUUAUUGUAAAUUGUGAAACUUUAAUGGAGCUGUAUUUUAUUAUGACUGCUUUAAAUCUUUUCAUAAAAUUUGAGUUCUUUGGUCAUAUUGCCUCAGAAACAAUAUUUAAUAAACAAGCAAAUAAAACCACCAUCCCAUGUAACACCUUUAUUCAAACAACAUUGACAAUAUGUACAGUUAGAUGCAACAGCAUAAUUUUGGUUGUAUAAUUCCAAUAGAUACUUUUCUUCUCCCCCCCCCACCUUAUCUUUUCUGAAAAUGUUCCAAAUAUUGAGGUAAGUAUUUCUGUUUUAUUUUCAUUGCUACUUAACAGCAACUUUGACAGGUACAACUCCAAAACAAUUAAUUUAUUUUGAUGGGGUGAUGUUUAAAAGGCUGCUUAUCGUUUUUUUUGUUUAAAGUUGUAUUUCUUUCUUCUAAAAAUAGCCAUUGAAGUUAUUUUAAAUACCUAUUACAUAUUUUUUCUUAAGGGUAACUCUGAAUUCCUUUAUGUUCAUUGUGAUGCUUUUGCUUUCUUAAGCAACAGCAUCAAUAUGCCCCAUUCUCCAAUCUCAGCAUCGUUUCUUCAUUCCUGCUAUUCUAUACACAAUGCAUUGUUCAGUCUUUUCCCACUGUCAUUGAAUGCUGUACUUCUUUCAGUCACUAGUUCUUUUGCUCUCUUGUUUUUCAGACUACCUUCCCUUCCUGUCAACACGUGCUUGAGUCCUCAGUUAAACUAAUCAUGCUUUUAUUUUGUCUCUCAUCAUACUCUGACCCAUUGUCACUCUCUUUUCAUCAUCUUGAAGAGCAAUCUCAAUGUCCUGUGCUCCAUUCUCAGUUUUUAGCUCCAGUCAACUCCCCCACCGCAUGUUUGUUGGAGCUGACAUCACUGCCUUCCUUUCCAGACGCCUGUCACAACAUACUGGUUUCGGUCUGUGAAUGAACAAUGUAGAACAGUUUCCUCGAGAGCAUUAAACUACUUCUCAAGGACCUGGCUGCUGUUCUUACUGAGAAUGAUUAUAUUGACACUGUCUUGCUGUUCGAUUGAAACUUGAUUUAUAGUUGUCACUUGUCUCUAUUACUGAAAGUGAUUCACUUGACAUUACUUUACACCACCUGAAAAGUUUCCAUAUAUUUUGGUACCAAGCUGAAAUUUACAAGGUGUUAUACCAUAGAAAUAGAAAUAUAAACAUUCCUGCCUUUCCAGGGUGACAUGGACAGAGUCAAUACCAAAUAUGAGAUUUGAAAAAGUACUUUUGAUUGGGCCGGGUGACAAUUGAAGAGAACUAUUGAACAGUGGGAGUCAAAGGUGGAGUUAUGGGGGAGUGUAUUCCAGAAGACUAACCACAAUGACAAAAGUAGGAGAAUGUUCCCAAGGAUAGAGGAAAUUUAUGGAUCACUUUGAAGUUAAGGAUUUGGAUCAUAAAGCCAAGACAAAGAAUAUCAGAUGCUUGAAAUCUGAAAUAAAAACUACCUGAAACAUUCAGCAGGUCAUACAGAAUUUACAAAGAGAACAAGACAGUUUUUUUUCAGGCAUGAACCUUUCAUCAGAAUUGGAAACUAUUAAAGCUAAAGUGCCUCUAAAAAUAACAAAAUAGAUUAAAGGCCAUGGGUAGAUUUGGGAGACAACACUCACUAAGAAGCCCAAGUAGGUAAGAAAUACUGGCAUUUGAGACAUCUGAAUUCAGGAUGAUGUGGUAAGGCAUAUAGAAAUGGAAAGAUGAAAAAAAUGGUGAGCUAGACCAAAACCAGUCACUUUGUUACCUGAAAAACAAAUUCCAAAGACAGAAUUGGCCAGAAGGUUUAAGUGGAAAGUAGCAAGGAGCUUGGCAUCACAUUUACUAUGAAAAUGAAGCCAUUGGGAAAAAUCAUCAUUUUUCAUAAAGGAAAAUCAUCAUUUGCUCUUCCUGUUUUUUCUAGGAGAAUUGGUAAAUCCAGCACAUUAGGUUUGAAGAAUUACGUACAAUUUGCUGUCUCAUUGGGAAAGUACUGUAUGAAUCCCUUGAGAAUGAUGAUGUGGAAAGGUAUGUUUAGACAGAUGCUGCAUUUGCUGGGCUUUGUUAGAAAGGUGACAGAUAGUUGGUAAAAGAAUAAAGUAGAAUGCAACUGAAUAACUUGUUGUAAAGAGAAGAGAAUAUUUGUUUGUUGGCAGUGUUAAGUUGCAAGCAGAAAAUUCUAUAUCAAAUAAAGAAAAUCACGUGGAGGAAAGUGAAGACAAGGUUACCCUUGUAAUGGUAAAAUAGGGACCAUAAGAUAUACGAGCAGAAAUUAGGCCAUUCAAUCGUGGCUGAUAAGUUUCUCAACCCCAUUCUCCCACCUUCUUCUCAUAACCUUUGAUCCCCUUAACAAUCAGCAACUAUCUCUGUCUUAAAUAUAAUCAAUGAACUGGUCUCCACAGCCUACAGUGGCAAUGAGUUUCAUAGAUUCAUCAAUCUCUGGCUGAAGACAUUUCUUCUCAUCUCCAUUCUAAAGGGUCUUCUCUGUACUCUAAGGCUGUGCUCCUGCUAAUGGAAACAUCUUCCCAAUGUCCACUCUGUCCAGGUCUUUCAGUUGUAAGUUUCAAUUAGAUUCCCAUCCUUAUAAAAUCCAUUGAGUGCAGACCCAGAGUCUUCAUAUGUUAAGCCUUUCAUUUAUGGGAUCAUUCUUGUGAACAUCCUCUGGACCCGCUCCAACACCAGUACAUCCUUCCUGAAAUAUGGGACUAAAGUGUAUAAAGUCGGGUGCUCUUGGAGGGAAAUCCUUGACUGGGAAAAUAAAUUUUCACAUCACUAGCUUCUGUGUUCCACCUAAAUUAGAGCUUGACCAAAAGGGGACCAUAGGGGUGAGGGUGCAAACUGCAGCAUUUUGAAUGAGCUAUUGUUUGUAAUGGGGGAAGAUGUCAGCGAGACGUUAAUUUGAUCAUUGUGAAACAUAUGUAAUGUACUUUUUGAAUAUACCUUUUCAGGCAUUGAAUAUAUUGGCCCAGAUGUUAUGGCAGUACUACUGAUGAUAACACUCAGCAUUCACUGUCAUCACACUCCUUUGAAAUUGAAAUUCACGACAGCUUCUAGAAUUUGCGCACACAUAAUUCAAUGCACAAAUAUCCCCCCUCACCCCACCUAACUGCAAUCAAGUUAAAAACCAAUAAAUUAUUUUCACCACUGAUCACAAUUUAUUAAUCUUGAAAAAUGCACCUUGUUAUGAGGUGUCACUAGAUUUUUAUGGUGUACCUAUUCCAAACUGCUUCAUUGUCCCUGAAAAAUGAUUAUAUUUGUGUAAUGUCAAAUUAGUCCAUGAUGAUACAUUCAUUUUGCUAAUUUUAAAAUUUUAUUUAUGAUCUUUCAGAUUUGACAUAAUCCUGUUUGUAUGUCCCAUCAUUUAUUAUGGUCUGUAAAGUUGUUAAUUAAAAGUGAAAAUUUCAA